AUGACAGACUGCGCUGCGGGCGACGAACAUCGCCCUGCCGUUUCGCUCUCUGCUUCCGUCAAAGAUGAGGAAGUAGCUGACUCCAUGAUAGCUGGAGGAGUGCUCGAGUUGCACCCAGCAAACAGCCCUGCUCUGGGGCAAACUACAAACAUAACGUCCACAUUAACAGACAUAUCAUCUAAUUCACCAUCAUCGUCAUCAAAUGCGUCGUCACAUGCUUCAUCAAAUUUAUCGAAUAUAACAUCGUCUCACCAAUCAAACAAGCAGAAGCGUACAGCGCUAGCCUGUAUUCGUUGUCGUGCUAGACACAUCCGAUGUCCCGGAGGAGAUCCAUGUAAAAAGUGUCAGAUUGCAAAGACGAAGUGCGAGUAUGUAGAGGCUGAUAAGAAGAUUGUCGUAUCGAUGAAGUACUUGUCGAAGUUGCACGACGAUAUAGCCCGUUUGAAGAAGGAUAAUGCCGUUCUCAGAAACAACUUGAAGGAAGAGGAAACAAAACGCAUCCGAGCAAACCCUGUGCUUCUGGCCCUGACACUACAACAGCAAAACAAUUUUACCAACAACAUCAAGUACUCCAUGCCAAGUGUACUGCAAUCGGUGCAGCAACCACAACAGCCUGCUCUGACGACAGGUGUUACGGCUAAUAGCAAUUUCUCCUCCACUGAGGUGAUCCAGCCAUCUUUGGAUAAACACGGCAGACUUAUACAGUCGAGAACGGGGGAAAAGGUCUAUGUAGGCUCGUCAUCCAUGACGCUUUUUGGACUCGAAAUCCAGAACAUGGUACCUUCGUUUGUGUCUUCAAGUUUGUUGCCUAACAAUUCUACAGAUACUUCACCCACUGCUUCUCCCAAUAGUGUAGGUGGCUCAACACCUCAAUCGAACCAGUCUGGAGAACCCGGAUCAUUCAAGCGUAACAAACGAGAGACGGAAAUACUCGAGAAGGAGGGAAACGCCUACCGAAUCACUCUUGCUAAGACCAACACCAGACCAGGACUCUCCAUUAACUUUACGUUACCAUCGUAUUCAUACGCCAUGCUCUUGGUAGAUACGUUUAUCAACUAUAACGAUGGGUGUUUUUACUUCUUCAACGAAGGGCUUGUCAAGAAGUUCCUUAUGAAUUUAUAUUCCGGAAAGGCAGCUGAGAACAAGAGAAUACUCAAGAGAAACAUCACCGAAGCUAAAGGUGGACCUGACGAAGAUGAAAAUGCGAUAAAAAAAGACACAGAUGAUGAUACAAUUCUUGAAACCAUAUGGUUCUGUAAGAUUCUACUUAUAUUUGCUAUUGGCGAAAUGUAUCUUGGAACUGAAUCAAACUCACACAUCAUAAAGCUGAAGGAAAAGUUGGAAUCCAAGAAGGCGAGAAAUAGAACUAAAGAAAGAAAAGAGAAAGACACGCUACCAGGAUCUGGAUUCUUCUACGAGGCUUCUGAGUUGUUUACCGGCUUGUUUGCCUCAGGUGCCAUAGAUAAUAUUACUAAAGAUGGUGGUAUUGAAGUAAUGCUUCUUUAUGCUUUCUACUUACAAGUGGCUGAUUGUACCAUUGCUUCGUAUUUCUAUUUUGGAUUGGCUCUCAGGUCGACUUUGAUCUUAGGUUGGCAUGUGGAUGCAGACAAAGAGAACUUGAAUAGGUUCGAGCUAGAGCACCGAAGAAGAAUAUGGUGGACGGUGUAUAUGUACGAGAGAAUGUUGUCUUCUAAAGCUGGUUUGCCUUUAAGUUUUGCAGACGACAGUGUUUCCACUGAAUUGCCGGUUGAUUUCAACAUUGAUCUCACCGAUUUCAGAAAGGAUGAAAAUGAUGUCAGAGGAUACUAUAUCUUCCCACCGGCAGACUACAUAAACAACUGCGUUACAAUCACACAAAUCAAUGCUAUCAUCUUAUCUUCUUUAUACACCAAGCAGCCCACUGUCAAUAUUCUACCAGUUGUUUCAGAUUUGGUGCAUAAGUUGAUGACAUGGAAGAACUUGUUGCCAGACUUCCUCAAGAUAGAUUUUUCAGAAGAAAACUUGCGCAUCACAAGACUUAUUGUCAAUUUGAUGACGGAAUACUUCCAAGGUUUGAACUUGGCUGUUCGUCCAUUACUUUUCCACUUUGCUACCAAGAAACUAAAGGAACUCCAGGCCAAAAAUACAGUCAACAAAUAUGUUGACUUGUCAAAAUAUUCAAAGAAUGUAUUAUUCUUAUUGAAUGCCUCGUUCCAAGCGUCCAUCAAUACCAUAAAAUCAAUAUGGGCCCUUCUUCCAGAAAACAUGGUAGCCCUUUUUGGAUGGAUGGAUAGAGAGUAUUUAUUCACGUCGGCUUCGACAUUAAUCUUAUUCAAUGCCUCGUUUGGCGUACAUGAAGCCACGAAAGAACACUUGGAUCAUGCUUUAAUAAUCUUCACCAAGAUGAAGAAACUUGGAAACUAUCCAGCUGCACUCAGAAGAGCUCAAUUAUUGAAGCUUAUCAAAGUUCUUGACUUUAAUGGAGUCAUGAAAGAUCUUUUGUUGAAGCACGAUGACGAUUUAAAAGAAAUCAAUAUUUCCAAUACAAAUUUGUCAUCGGAGGAAAUUCAAAAUCACAUCGUCGAGGUUAACCAAAUUUCAAACUCCAAGAUUAAUAGCGAUCACUUAAAUGUUCUCGACACGGAGCUAAGUGAAAGUAUUGCUGUAGCUGCAGUUGCGCCCGAUAAACAGGCUCCUCCAUCUGAGCCAUAUCUAGAAUUUCCAGACAGACAAACACCAAUUCACCCAUAUAUUCAUACCACUUCAUACCCUCUAGGAACAAUGAGUGGUGAUACUUUUUCUUACACCAUCCCAACUCCAAUGAAUGGAAACAAUACUGGUGGUGAUGUAUACACCAAUUCAGACUUGGCAGGUAUCGAAGGUUUGACGUAUUUGGAUGAAGAACAGAAGUUGUGGAAUGAAAUCACCAAUGAUGCCGGUUGGUUGAAUGUUGCCGGAGGUAAUCCAAACCAACAACAUGGUCUGAGUGGUGACCUCUUUCUAAGAAAUCACGCCGUUGAAUCGCAUUCGGCCACAGAAAGUUCCACUCCUCAUAAUACUGCCGGGCACAUUCCUACCAACUAUGGACCAGGCUCUGACAGCCGUGGAGAUAUCUACGGUCAUCCCAGCUUUGGUACGAGCAUGGCAUCUGGAGGCUACAGUGACAUCAUCAACCUGGAGUUCCAUGACAUAAUGGACCAAUCCUAA